GUCAAGCACAUGGUUCAUGUGUCGGAGGAAAAUAUGUAUCCGAAAUGGAGUGACGACGUGGAGAAGGAUCCGGUGCUAGAAAACUUGAUUACUGAUCUUGUCCACAAUUGUUUACCUUCAGAUGUUUGGAAAGUUGAGAAAACAGUGACCAUGAGAAGAAAAAAAUGGAAAGCUAAAGAAAAUGAGAAUGGCGAGAGUCGAAGGAGUGAUAAGAAAUUGAAAAUGAAAGCUGGUUACUCCAUUGAUGAAGAAGGAGAAAAAGAUGUAACCAAGAAGAAAAGUAAAGGCAAGGAACACAUGGAGGAUGUUGAAGUUGAGAGGAAAAGCUUGUUGGAUAUUUGGAAGAUGAUAGAAAAAAUGAAUGGGUCAAUAACCGACUUGGGAAAGAAUUUAAUCAGUAGGAUGGAUGCAUUAAAAGGUAAAUUCGAAUCUUUUGUUGAGAAGAGAAUGGGUGUGUUAGAUGAGAAGCUUAGUGAUAGGAUUAAAAUGGUGGAGGUAGAUUUGAAAGGAUUGAAAGAAACAAAACUCACUAAUGUCCCAAUUGAUUCGACUUCAAACAACAAUGAAGAGGAUGAGGUUCAUAGUCAUCAACUAUCUUGGAUGGUAGAGAUGAAAGAGACAUCGAAAGAUGAAUUUCCAGUCCCUCGAGUGGUGAAGAAGGUUUACACUGUGAGUAAUAAAAAUAAGAAGACAAAAACAAAAAUAUCUGCUGAUCUUCCUCUGUGUGAGCAGACUUAUGUUACUGAAGAUCAUCAGAAGAACUUAGUGGCUGAUGUUUUAAAGAAACUUGGUCGCAAGAAUGUUCGGCCAGCUAAUGUCAAGGUUGAAAAGGAGAAGGGAAAGAGGCCAGCUGCUGAUGGUGAUUAACUUGAAGAUAUUACUGACAAAGUUGUUGCUCUUGAUACAAAAAUGGCUUAUAGUUCAGAAGAUACAUAGGAUGACCCUGAACAACAGUUGGUUAGUAAAAGGAUUGAUGCAAUAUUAACCAACCAAUGUACCUUGAUCUGAAAGCGUUUAUUUAACGCUUCUGCAACAUGCAUUGGCAAUACCUUGGGCCCAACUCCACCAACGAAAUCCUUAUACAACGCUCCUAGAAUCUCAUGAUUUGCUUGUUUGGUACGUGAAGAACGCUCAGUCACUGAACAUGUAUGUUGUGAAAUAAACACAUGCACAUGGAACUUUGGAUAGUCUUUUCCUGUUGUAGCUCUCACCCUCCACUUACAACCUUUUACCCAGCACUUGAC